ACGUCAGACGUGCACGGAGUCACGGACUUCGUCUUUGGCGCGCUACCAACCGACAUAUUACGUCAGUUGAUCCAUAUAAUCGCGCGCACUCGACGUGACUCGGUGUACGCUCGACAAAUGAGAGUGAGCUCAAGUUUUACAGGUUAGCAGUUAUUAAUCAUUUUAUCAGGGAAAAAUGGAUAAAAGAACGGUAGAGGUACUUGACGAAACAUCAGGAUCAAAAUUCAUACGUAAAUCGAAGGAAUCGCCAUUCUUAGUAGUUGGACUGGCAGGGUUGGUAGCGGCAUGUGCUUAUGGUGCAUAUUCGUUCAAAACUAAGAAGGUGUCCACUUCUACUUUUCUGAUGCAACUACGAGUCACUGCUCAAGGACUCGUCAUAGCCAGCUUAACGGUUGGCGUGGCAUGGCAGAUGGUUCAAAAGUAUGUCCUACAUGACGAAAAGAAAGAAUGAAAUUUGGAAAAGUUACUGAUGAAUUAGCAGAUGAGAUAUUAUUCUGUCAAUGAUAAUGAAGUUACAAUAAGACCGCUACAAUUAUCAUUCUGUAAGGAAUGGUACUUACAUAUAUAGUAACUCUUUAAGAGUUUGAAGAAAAGAUAAUUUAUUUUGAUUCAUCCUCAACAUUUUGGCGCUCGCAGUUAUAAGAUACUCAGUCUAAGCAAAGCAGGACAAAUACUUGUAUGUUAGUUUAACUUUAUAUACAAUGAUUUUAAUUGUUAAGAAAUGAUACACAGCAGAGCUGUGCGAAUUGAAGACAAUUGUUAUAUACUACCAACUUGCUUCGAUUAAACCAUGGAGUCUAAUAAUCCAGGACAUUUGCAUAUAUGCUCGAUCUAUUAAAAGAAAAAAAAUGAACAAUUAAACGUUAUGGUUAAAUUUGGAA